AUGGCUGUCACUCCUCCAAAUGACCUGGGCCGAGGCUGCCUGAAGUUUGGCCGUGGAGGGCCCUCCUGCCCGAGCGAGCUGCGCGGGCGAACGGUGUCCAUCGAAUGCUUGGAAGGGAACACCUUCGAGCUUCCUGCUGAAGCUGCUUGCCUGGCGGGUCGUGUUCGAAGCCUCCUGCUGGAGCAUCGCGAGCAUGGCUUGGAGAACACCUUGCGGUUUGAGAUCAAGAGAGACACGAUGACGAAAGUGUGCGAGUACUUGAAGCACCAUCGCGAACACAGCGUCAGCGAGAUCAUCACGCCUUUGCCCAGUGACGACCUUCGGGACUGCGGCGCUUCACGCUGGGAUUGUAGCUUCGUCAACGUGGACCAUGAUUUGUUAUUUGACCUUGGCUUUGCGGCCACCACACUGGGCAUUCCAUCGCUCGAUUUCUUGGUGAAUGCCAAGAUUGCGUGCGCGACGAAUAACAAGAGUGCUGAUAAGCUGCGGAAGGAGUACAAGAUGAUCAACGACCUCCCCGCGGCCGAGGAAGCGGAGCUGCGUCGUGCCUACACCAACCUUCAGAAGACCCAGGGGGAGGAGGCCGCAGUGGAUGUGGACCUGUCACGUUUGGCGGCUGCCAGCGUAGCUCAAAGUGGCAUGGCAGCGGCCAAGCAAAAGAGCCUCCCCAACACCGAGGCGCAGUCGGCGCAGUCGGCGUCGGCGGAGUGGAGCUGCAGCACGAGGGGUGGGUGGUCCGCUGCGGUGCUGAAGGAUUGGCAGGUGCUGGCGGAUGCGCCGCCAGAGAUUCAAAGCGACAAGCCCCUGCUGGAGUGCGCGCUGCGCGCCAGCCAGGGCCGUGCCUUGAAACAUGCGGCACCCGAGCUACGGUCCGACGAGGACUUGGUGCUCCUGGCCACGGGCUUCCUGGGCGAGGCCUUUGAGUUCGCCUCCGCCGAGCUGCGCAGCUCGCGCGGCUGCGUGAUGAAGGCGCCACCCUACGAGUCGAUGGGGCUCGACGCCGAAACUCCGUGCCGCAUGCGGCAGGCCUUCCUGUUGGAAGCCGCGCAGAAGGGCUUCGGCGGCGCCCUGCAAGGUGCCUCGCGCACCUUGCAGGAGGAUCGAGCUUUCGUCCUUGAGAUGAUCAUCCAUGAUCCGGUUUGCUACAAAUUCGCGGCGGAGGAGCUCCGCGUCGACAAGGAGUUUGCCUUGGAGGCUGCGAAGCGCAAUGGUGCCAGCCUAAAGUUCAUGCCAUCCAACUUCCAGGCGGAUUUCGACGUGGUGCAGGUGGCUGUGGCCCGCGACCCGCGCGCCGCGGCCCAUGCACAUCCGGCGCGUCGGACGGAGCUGGGCAUGGCGGCGGAGGAUGCACUGGGAGAGGCGCAGAUGCAGCAGGAGUACAGCGCGUAG